CCUCCAGCUUGUGGCAGAUAUUGGAACUUAGAGCUGGAAGUUUUCAAGGCUCCUGCCAAAAAUAGAACAACACCCAGGAAAAAUCGCACUCCGUCGCACUAUUAAGUUACCUUAAUUUUCACGGGUUCGAACUUCGAACCAAAAAAUUUGAACAUUAUUUAUUUUCCAUGCAACUAUAAUUCAUCCAGCCACUGCAAUUUCAUUGAAGAUUUAACUUUCGGGAAAUGAAGAAGGGUAAAGUCAUUAAAUCUGGGCAGCUCAGACGGAGUAGACGCUUACUAGUGCAACGCCUGAGGAUGCUCUCCGCAAACGCUAACACUGGCGGCGAUAGGAGUGGAGCUGCCAGUCCCAUGACUGCGGACAAUGCCAUCCACGACUUUUUAACCACCGGCCGAACUGGCCGGCGAAAUGCAAUGCCUGACAUUUUGAAUGAAAAUGCUAAGGCCAGCACUGCUGAUCUACCUGAGAAGUUGCAAGCUCUUACUUGCUCCACAGACAAAGAAGGACAGCCAAGCACUAGCAGUGAAGGCCAAACCUCACAGAGCCAAUCAAACACUUCAAAUAGCACGGAUUCCCCAGAAAAAAGUUGAGCCCAUUUCAAAUGUGCAGCUGCCGUGAAGUUCCUAUGCGGACUCUAGUAUUGCUAAGCCACCGCCUUUUGGCAAGAACUGACAGAAUUUGACUUGCGAGGCAGCUUGAAACCAGUGAACUAGUUGAAAUCGAGUGAAAGGCCUAUUACGGUAAUGAUUGCAACGAUCUUUGUGACCCCAUAGGCCCAAGAGAGACAUUUCAUGGCUGUGUAUAAAGUCAAGAUGAGAUCUCAUUAAAAAUUGAGUACUGGGUGGCGUUCAAUAUUAACCUGUUUUCCAGGAGACAGUGUUGGUAUGUCAAUAUAGCAUCUAAAUAAUCCCGUAAUGCAACUAGCAGAUCGUAACGUAUUUGUGAAAUAAACAGUCACAUUAACAGACGAAGUAUUAAGUUGAAUCUACAGAAACAGGUCUUUUGCUGUUUAAAUGGUAAAGCUAGUGCAUUAAAAUGAGCUCAAAACAACCUGAACUUACAUGCAAGAAGCGGUGGAAAAUUUAACAUUGUUUCAUGGAUAUUUAUGUUGCUUCCAAAAUUCUUCAAACUGGUUAACCCCUUGACUCAUUGAAAUCAUGACAUUGCCAUAAUAUUAGCUUGAAGGUAGACUAUUAUUUAAAACAAAGCUAUUUUCCUUUUUUAACACUUAACUUUUGGAGAAAAUAAAAGUUGAUGUGCCCCUACACAAAGAAUGACACUGGGUGUUUAGCAUGACAAAUUACGAGACAAAAUGCUGAAACUGAUUGUAUGUUGUGGUAUUUUAUGGAAUUCAAUAAUUAUAAUAUGUGACCAUUUACAUGUGAUAUUUUAGUGUUUGCUUCAUCUCUAAAAAUUGACCAGUAGUGCUCUCAAACCCUUUUCGUGUAGCCUCAUGAGGUGGAGAAAUUGCUGACACUGAAUAAUUAUAUAUAUUCUUAUAAAGUAUGUCACGAUCCUAGUUAGCAACAGAAAUCAGGCAUGUAGCAUGUAUUGUAAAAUUAAACUUUGCAUCCAGGUUGCUUUCUAUUAAAUAAUGCUGCAUUUAUAUUACGUGGACUGUACUCUAGUUCACAAAACUAUAGUCUCCUAUCAUCACAUUGGAUUUAUUCUACUGCACUCUCAAUCAUGGGAGGGCGCUUUCCAAUAUAAAAUGCAUUAUUGUAUAUGCGAGCAGACAAAUAAAAUUAUGCAGAACAAUGUUUCAGUCACUGGUAAAAAUUAUUGUAAACCAUAAGUUUGUGUAUUUAAUGUUUAAUUGUCUUUCGAAUAAAGGAGUCGCAUAAUAAA